CCUCAGGCGAGCUUUUCGGAGGGCAGACGCGCUAAACUUUUGGCGAGUCGGAGCUAUCGCGACGACCUGGAACCUGCCCUGCUCCCCGGAAACCCCCCCUCCUAGGAAUGCGACGACCAAAUUUUGUUGGCUCGACCUCCCCCUCUGCUCCCCUUCAUCAAAUGCCAUGAUUGAAGGAUCCAUGGACCACUGUCCGCGAUAUGGAACCAAAUGCGGAACCAUUCCCUCAGGAACACGACGACGAUAGAGCGCUGCCUCUCGACCAACAGGAGAAAAAGACUCAGGAAAUCCACGAUGCGUGCAAAUGGAAAGAUGUUGACCGGUUGAAGGCUCUGGCAACCAGCGAGGGAGGUCUAAUCUCUGACCAACUUCGCAGACUGACAUGUUCGUAUUCAAUUGCUGCCUAACAGCGUCUCUGAGGGUCAAGCUGAUCCCCACUAGGGCCUUUACUGCUCGGAGAACCGAGUCAGAGUAGCGAUACAGAACGAGAAAAGGGCGAUAGGGAGGACUGGAAGCAGUUUCCUGAGCAUCGUGAUGAAGGACAAGUUCAGCUCGAUGUGAACAGAUCCUUUAUAUACUAUCCCAAUAGUACGUCAUGCCCGUAUUGUUGUCACAUAUCACAUAGAGGCAGAGCAACGGAGCUGAUCAAUUCGCACAGACCAAUCCUCGAGGGAUCUGGAUCAAAAGAAAGAAGAGCUUUCAAAUCUGAUCACAGAGGUUCUGCGACGCCAGCCAUAUCUCUGCUAUUUCCAAGGCUAUCAUGAUAUCUGUCAGGUAUUUCUCCUGGUCCUGGAACCACCACGCCGCGCGGUAGCUGUAUCUCGACUUUCCACUCUGCGUAUUCGCGAUUUUAUGCUUCCCACCCUCACGCCGGCGCUAGCCCAGUUGCGCCUCAUACCAGCCAUCUUAUAUGCCGUCAAUCCGAAAUUGUAUCAUCAUCUCUCCGAAACCCAGCCAUUUUUCGCCCUUUCUGGCACCCUCACAAUGUACGCUCAUGAUAUCCAGGAAUACGGCGAUAUUGCUCGAUUGUUCGAUGUAUUUCUAGCUCGCGAAGCAGUUUUCCCGGUGUAUAUGUUUGCCCAGAUUGUGCUAAAGCGCUCAGACGAGCUUUUUGAGACGCCCGCAGAUGAACCUGAGAUGCUUCAUUCAAUUCUUUCCAAGCUUCCGAAGCCAUUGGAUCUGGAGGCAUUGAUCCAAGGCACCGUAAAGUUGAUUGAGAAGCAUCCACCAGAAACCCUUAAACCCUGGAGAUCCAUAUCGAGCUCCAGUGUCAUGAAAACGGCACUGCGGCCCAAUCAAGUGUUGAGUCAAUCGCUUGAAGAUGGUAAGGCGUACUUCGAGAGACAAGUCAAGGAAUUGGAACGGGCAGAACAACGUGACAAGGUUCUCAAGACACUUUGGAGAUAUAGAAAGCCUGCUCAGACCGUUGGAUUGGCCGUUCUCAUUGGGCUGGUGUCGUUCUGGGCCAGGAAGACGGCGAUACAAUCUGAUAUACUGGGUUCCCUUUGGUCCCGGUUGUCACAUUACAGCUUUUCAUAA